AUUUGUGAGGAAAAACAUUCCUGUUGUGUGGAGAAAUCUUAAAAAUCACCAUGGAAAACACCGACCGGGAGGAGUUAUGUGAACUGAUGGACAAACUCCUGAUCAAUUCGCUCGAGCUGGUGGAGCGAGACGUCCAGCUGAGCCAGGAUAUCGAUCGGCUAAUGACCGAGGGUCAAAUAGACCUUGCCCACACGCGCUUCACCAAAGGCCCGAAUGCCGUUAGUGCCAUUCAGCUCCCGGCCGAAGAUUACAAACCGUUCCGGGCCCUACACACCGUCGCAGUUGCCCCGGACGAGUCCGCCGGUGCCUUGCCACACAUGACCCUCGAAAGUCACCCGGUCGAUGCGGAGGAAGACCGCAUCGAUCCGGCCUCUUGGUUCGGUAUUCUCCGCCCACCGACGCUAAACAGUGCGAAAGACAAAUUUACUCGUUCCCUGGAGUCGAUCGUCGAGCGAGCGAACGUCCGCGUAACCCUUGGUCACUAUCUGGGCUUGUUUGCGGCACUUAAUAAACACAAUAGUGAAAAUUGAGCUACUAGCUGACGCAA